AGUGCCUGUAUCCAUCACCACACGAAAGGCGAGCACUAGGUUUGAAGAAUAUAAAGCGUAUAUCGGACCGCUUGAUGCGUGUGGAAACACUACUGGAUGUCACUCCUGCGCUAUCGAGUGUUUCCGCUCUCAACCCUGUGGAAACAGAACCUGUCGACAUUGACAAUACUUUUGAGACGGCAAGCACUAUCUCUUUCGAUGGGCCCCAACGCAGUUUCGGCUUAACGGGAGGAUCGUGUUUUGACACAUCCUGGACUGCUCCUGCAGACUUGUGGAUGAAUUUUGAAUGGAAUGCGGAUAUAGCGAGCCCGUUUGGAGAAUUCACCAGGAACUUGAAUGAUGAUCUGAACCCCUUGACUACAAACCCUCUCCCUGAUGACAUGACGGCAGCAGACCAGCAGAGCGCGAUCACUAGUGCAGACAGUCAGGAAGCAUCCGAAUUAGAGAUUUCCGAACCUGAGUACUAUCUCUCCAUCUAUACCAGAGUAGGGUUUGAAUGGGUCGCCAGCAAAGUCGGAAAGCAUCUGGUGCGGCUUAUGAUGUCCGACCUCACGCGCCGCCCGAGAUUAGGUCAACAUACUUUGCUUCGCAGGAGUCCUGAACCCGACGAAGAGACCGCCUGGCAAUACUGCAAUGCAUAUUUCGACUGUGACGCUGCAACGAUUUUCAGAAUCAUUGACCGUUCCAAGUUCGAGAAUCGCCUUCGUGAGCAGUUCAAGAGUGGUACGGUCAACGCCAAUGACGAUUCGCCGUGGUAUGCUCUACGAAAUAUGGUGUAUGCACUCGGGUCUCGAUUUAUCCUCACGCGAGGGCCCCAACGGCGCCCUUUCGUCGAAGUCCAGGAAUGCGGCUUGAAAUACUUCAAGAAUGCACUCUCUGUGAUUGUGGAUCUCAUGUACACGGAGACAAGCAUUACUGCCGUGCAAUCACUGUUGGUCAUGAGCCAUUUCGCUGAAGGCCUCGGUAGUCCUCCAAUGGACCACAUACUGUGCUCUACCGCACUGAGGCUGGCACUGGCAAAGAGGCUCCAUCGCGCCCCAGCACCUGGUUCAAACAUGUCAGAGGCUGAGAGACAGACGCGCAGCCUCUUAUUCUGGGCGAUAUACUCGUAUGAGAAACAUGUCACUCUCCGUUCGGGAUGUCCUUCGGGCAUCGACGACGACGACAUCUCUUCCGAGCUCCCAAACAGCGACGAUUCUCAAUGGUUCGACUUUUUGAUUCCACUGAUCAGACAUGCAAGAAUCACGUCGAAGGUCCAAAAGGAACUGGAUGCGACCCGACUAUACAGACAGUCCAUUGGUGAUGUCAUUGAAACCAUCCGACGGCUCGAAGGUGAGCUCCAGUCGUGGGCGGACUGCAUCCCAGGCUUGAUCAGUCCUGGUUCGUCUAUCAAGCCUUCUGAUCUGCCUGCCGGCGUCAGUGUCCAACUGGUCACGUACAUCCAUUUUGCCUACUACGGCAAUCUCAUCGCCAUUCACUCUCCAUUCGCAUAUCCGUGGAUGAAAAAACAUUUCAAAGAAUGGGGUCACCAGCAGGUUGCGGAACAGACUUCUUUGAGCACAAAGGCCGUGGUCGAUUCGUCGAGGAAGAUCGCCUUGGCCAUCAAAUACGUCGAGAUCGAUUGCAGUUCUCCCAUCUGGAUGGCGGUGAAUUUCCCACUAUUGGCUCUACUGAGUCUCUUCAUCUUUGUGAUCCAGGACCCCCAUCUACCAUCCGUCUCGUCAGAUAUCAAACUCAUGGAAGUCAUUGCUGGCCAUUUCAGCUACCUGGAAUACGAGACCGCUGGUGAACUAGGUUUUCCCUUCAUACGAGAAAUGGUUCGACUGUCAUACGCAGUGGUCGAAGAAACACGAAAGCAACACACUCAAAAGACAAAUUACGGCAGUAUAUCUGGAUAG